AUGAAGAAACUUAGUUCAGCAGGCCCUGUUUGUGGCACUGCUACAAGUACGUUUAGUGAAGAACCGUUUCCACGCAUUGAGACAUUUUACCUGAAGUAUGUGCGCAAGCCUAGGGACAUGACCAUCCUGCUGUAUGUGCCCGAAUAUCACACAGUCAUUCAGUCACCUAUGGUGAUGACUGAUGUUAGUGCUGUCAAUGAUCUUCUCAAAGACGAGGAAACGAGAAUCAAAAAGUUUCUAGAGCGCCUUGCUAACAAACUCAAAGCAGCAGGGAUUGGAGGCAAAGUGAAAAGUGUCGGAGGAAACCCAGGAGAAGUAGUUUGCAAAAUAGCCAUUGAGGACAAAGUCACUUUGAUUGUGAUAGGCUCUAGAGGCAUGAGCACCAUACGGAGAACCCUGAUGGGCAGUGUCAGUGACUACGUCAUGCACCAUGCUCGAGUUCCUGUGCUGAUCUGUAAAGAUAUUAACAAGGACUAA